AGAAGGGCCGAUGAAUGCAUUUCUUCGUGUUGGAUGAGAACGAUUGAAGGUCUCGUUUUUUUAAGAUUUGAAAAUACCGUAGUUAAGGUUCAAAUCCGCAACCGUUGCUAAGAGGGGUGGUAAUCGUGUUAUGGGUUUGACCGAUAGGGGUAAUCUUGGCAAUUGUUACAAAUCGUCGGACUUGAACGAAACAAUCUUGAACACAACUCACACGGCUAAUUUUAGAGACCGUUACAUUCUUGGAGAUCAACUCGGAUUGGGCAAAUUCGGCAUUAUCAGAGAAUGCUCCGAUAAGUUGACCGGCGAAGUCUUGGCUUGCAAGUCAAUAGCCAAAGUGAGGCUCGUGACAGAGGAUGAUGUCAUCAGCGUGAAGCUCGAAAUCGAAAUAAUGACCAAAUUGCACGGGCACGAAAAUGUUGUCGAUCUCAAGGCUGUGUACGAGGAUGCCGACUACGUACAUCUUCUGAUGGAGCUUUGCGCGGGUGGCGAGCUUUUCCAUAGGAUCGAGAAGCAGGGGAGGUUAUCGGAAAACGAGGCGCAUGUUAUCUUUAAGCAAUUAAUGGGAGUAGUUAUGUAUUGUCACGAUAAGGGAAUUGUACAUAGAGAUUUGAAACCGGAGAACAUACUCUUGGUGUCGAGGUCUUCUUCGUCACUCAAAUUGGCGGACUUUGGUCUUACCACCUAUAUUAGACCUGGAGAGACAUUGCACGGGACAGUUGGGAGUCCGUUUUACAUAGCACCGGAGGUUUUGGUGGGCGGUUAUAACGAGGCGGCAGAUGUGUGGAGUGCCGGCGUUAUACUUUACAUUAUGCUAAGUGGAAUUCCUCCUUUUUGGGGGAAUACCAAAUCGACCAUCUUCGAUGCUGUUAGGGCUGCCAAUUUGUGUUUCCAUUCGGAUAAUUGGGAUCACAUUUCGCUUUCGGCUAAGGAUUUGAUUUCGGGAAUGCUGUGCUUUGACCGUUCGAAAAGGUUGACCGCGGCUCAAGUACUAGCUCACUCGUGGACAAAGAAUAUUCCACACGGUACUCAAGAAUCACAUAUACAAGAUAAUCUCAACCGUCAACAACAACUACAUAUCGGUGGCUGUUCUUUCUCCGAUUUUAAAAUCGACAGGGACCGUGAUUUGAGUUUCCGUGACGAGUCACCAUCAAUCGUAAAUAACGAGCAAGAAGAAUAUUCCCCCGUGUUUUCAUGCAGAUCAUCUUUUUCGACUCUAGUGAACCAGGACACACCUCACUCGGCAGGGCCCACAGCUGGUUAUUAUGGCAGCAGAUGUAAAUCGAAUAACGCCACGGAAUAUUCCUCUCCGAUUCCUUCGAUGCCCAGUUUUACCUUCUUCAGUCCUAACACUACGCUCCGACAAAGUGACGACGCAUUAUGUUUCAAGACCAAAAUGCUGUCGAUUGAUGGAGAAACGAGUGUCAGAAAGCUGAUCUUAGUGGGGGAUGAAGUUGAGCAGAAGUCGGAAGUGCGAUCGGGAAUAUGGACUAGUAGUGAUUCGAAAGGUGGUACAAGUUCCCAAAGCAAGAGGAACCACACGAUCGGAAUUGGGGAAUUCGAUCAUGUGGUUCUCGUUGAUGGUGCGUCGGUUAUUCGGUGGGCGUCAUGCACGGAGAUCCCUUCAAGUGCAACCUCUUCGUUGAGAUCUUCACUCGUCUGUUAGCCAAGAAAAUAACCGAAAGGAACACAACCCCGUUUCUCGAUAAUCUAAACCCGUAGUUUUAGUUGUUGAUUAGAGGAGUGUGUUUUUUCAUUUGUUGUGUUAAGAGGAGAGAUGUAUACUAGAGACAUUUUGCAAUGUCGAAGGAGGCAAUUUAGUGCUUAAUUAUUUAAUUAAAAAACAGUGUAGAUCUUACAUUUAGUUCUGUAUUUUAUGUUAUUUUAUUUUUUUUCUG